AUGGCGGCGGCUGUGGCGAGGUCGGGGUUCCGGCGCAUGUUCUCUGUCUCUGCCUUCGCGCCGCCGAAGGCGCCCGCCCCGCGCCCCCAGGCCGACCCCUCCCCCAACCUCUUCGUCUCCGGAUUAAGCAAGCGUACUACAACUGAGGGACUUAGAGAUGCCUUUGCGAAGUUCGGUGAAGUUGUGCAUGCUCGAGUUGUGACCGACCGUGUCAGUGGGUUUUCUAAGGGAUUUGGCUUUGUAAGGUAUGCUAUGACUGAAGAGGCAACUAAAGGAAUAGAAGGAAUGGAUGGAAAGUGUGUUCUCUGCUGCCUGAUGCAUAGUGAGAACUGGUGA